GUACAGAUAAAGUACGGAUACCGGAAUAUAGCAGCUAUACAGUUCGAUUAAAUAAGAACAUCAUUCUCUAAAUGAUAAACAAGCUCGCCGAAUUAUGGCUUUUCAAAAGCGAAAUAAAUUUGAAAAUACAAAUUUUUCCUGUCCUGUUCUUUUUGAGGGUGGUUUACAAUCAUGUGUAAGAGCAGAUUUGAUAAACGAAUUGCUCCAGUACAUCUUAUUUGAACGGCAACAGAUUCCCUUAUCAUUUACUCAAAUAAAACGUGAUGUUUCUGCAAAGGUAUCACAAUCAAAUGUGAAGGGAGUUCCUAUGAUCAAUCGCUUGGAGAUGAAAAAGGCUGUUGAUUUAGUGAGUAAAUUAGAAGAAACCAAACAAAAUGUUGGUCAAGCAUUUGAUAUAUGCCCAGAAAUUGACAAAGUUGCCAUAGCAAUAGGUGCCACUGCAGUGUCGCCAAAAGAAAUCUUUGUGAUCCAGUUACCUCCAUUAAAUCCAGAUGCAGAUAAUUUAUCAAGUAAAGCUUGUGUUAAAUCAAUGUUUAGACAGUUAAUCAUGCAGGAUCCACUUGGAGAUGUGAAGCAGAUUUCGCCAACUAAUAUUUCAUUAUUACUAUUUGCUCCAAGAAAAUCCCAUUUAUCAUGGUUUUAUCCCAAACCUACAUACAAACUUCCUGUACGAGGCAGGCAGUUUGAAUUUUCUUUACAGAGCAAAUAUGGACGGGGUUCCCAUGACUUAUCAACAAAUUUCUCUAUAGUUGAGCUGUCAGGUUUUGAACCUUUUGACUCAUUUCUUGGUGAAUGUGAAGAAAUAUCAGGCAUAUCUAGCAUAGACACGACUUCACAUUCUAGUGAAGGUUCUGUUACUGCAGACUAUGUUUGUAUUGACUCGGACCAUGACAUUGAAAUUGUGACCUCAAGUGACAUCAGAGACACUGUAUUUAACCAUAAUCCUGAGAUUGUUCAGUCAAGUCAUAGUAAAGAUCAAGUAACAACUGUAAGCUCAACCUCGAUAGCAGAUUGCUCAACUAGUAAUAAAACUAAAUCAUGUAGCAGUCUCAAUGAAAAUGAUGUGAAAGAAAGUAAGAAGCUGCGUAAAUUUGGUUCAAGUAGCUCUAUAUUGUCACAGACAAGUGUGAUGUCUAAGGAGUCACAAAACUCAGUGAAGAAAAGGAGAGAUCUGACCAAUUGCUCAGGGACUUGCAAGGAAGAAAGUGAUGUGUUCUGUCCCAGUGAUUCUGAAUAUAUUUGGUUUCAGUCACCCUUGUUGAUCAAAGGUUACAGGUGUAAAAUAUAGAUGCUGUUUAUACAUGAAAUUGUGUUUAGUUUAAUAAU